AAGAAAAGAAGCAGAGGGUGGGGUUGCGGCGGCCGUCACCGUCACUGCCACUGCCACUGCCACAGCAGUCGCUGCUACUGUGACCUCCCAGUGUGUGAGAUUGAAGCCCGUGCUCUUGGAUUUAUUGCUGUAGCUCCGGAGGUUUGACGAUAGGACAGAAAAACCAGAACUCUUCCCUCCCCCAUUUGGGCUUGGCAGUUUGCUGCAAUGUCUCACAGAACUCACGAACUGUACUUAUGGGAAUGUAAAGAAGAAAUAAAAAUGAAUCCAAGUAUGGGUAUGAAUUCCACCACCAUCUCUGUUGAGGGGAUGACAUGCAGCUCCUGUGUUUGGACCAUUGAGCAGCACAUUGGAAAAAUGAAUGGUGUAUAUCACAUUAAAGUUUCACUGGAAGAAAAAAAUGCAACUAUUAUUUAUAAUCCUAAACUACAGACUCCAAAGACUCUACAGGAAGCUAUUAAUGACAUGGGCUUUGAUGCCACUCUCCACAAUCCUAACCCUCUCCCUGUUUUGACUGACACUGUAUUUCUAAGUGUUAGUGCUUCAUUUGCUCCGCCAUGGGACUAUAUCCAAAGUACAUUGCUCAAGACCAAGGGUGUGGCAGACAUUAAAAUUUCCCCUCAGCAAAGAACUGCUGUGGUGACAAUAAUCCCUUCUAUAGUGAAUGCCAGUCAGAUAAUAGAACUGGUUCCGGGUGUUAGUUUAGAUAUUGGAACUCUGGAGAAAAAGUCAGGAACUUGUGAAGAUUACAGUAUGGCUCAAGGAGGUGAAAUCUUGCUGAAAAUGAAGGUGGAAGGUAUGACGUGCCACUCGUGCACUAGCACCAUUGAAGGAAAAAUUGGGAAACUGCAAGGUGUUCAGCGAAUUAAAGUCUCUCUGGACAACCAAGAAGCUACCAUUAUUUAUCAACCUCAUCUCAUCACAGCAGAGGAAAUAAAAAAGCAGAUUGAAGCUGUGGGCUUUUCAGCAUUCAUCAAAAAGCAGCCCAAAUACCUUACAUUGGGAGCUAUUGAUGUAGAACGUCUAAAGAACACGCCCGUCAGAUACUCAGAAGGAUCAGAGCAAAGGAGUCCAUCAUAUACCAAUGAUUCAACAGCCACUUUUAUCAUAAAUGGCAUGCAUUGUAAAUCAUGUGUGUCAAAUAUUGAAAGUGCUUUAUCUACACUCCAAUAUGUAAGCAGCAUAGCAAUUUCUUUAGAGAAUAGGUCUGCCACUGUAAAAUACAAUGCAAGCUUAGUCACUCCAGAAACCCUGAGAAAGGCUAUAGAGGCAGUAUCACCAGGGCAAUACAGUGUUAGUAUUACAAGUGAUGUUGAGAGUACCCCAAGCUCUCCUUUCAGCUCGUAUCAUCAACAAAUUCCUUUGAACAUAGUUAGCCAACCUCUGACUCAAGAAACUGUGAUAAACAUUGGUGGCAUGACUUGUAAUUCUUGUGUGCAGUCUAUUGAGGGUGUCAUAUCAGAAAAGGCAGGUGUAAAAUCCAUACGAGUCUCCCUUGCAAAUAGCAGUGGCGUUAUUGAAUAUGAUCCCCUGCUAAACUCUCCAGAAACCUUGAGAGAAGCAAUAGAAAACAUGGGAUUUGAUGCUACCUUGCCAGAUGUGAAUGAGCCAUCUGUAUUAAUAACUCAGCCCUCAUUGGAAAUGCCACUUUUGGCUUCAGCCAAUGAAUUUUAUGCUAAAACGAUGACAUCAGUUCAUGACAAGGAGGAGGCAAAGACUUCUAAGUGUUAUGUACAGGUCACUGGCAUGACUUGUGCUUCCUGUGUAGCAAACAUUGAACGAAAUUUAAGACGAGAAGAAGGAAUAUAUUCUGUACUCGUAGCCCUGAUGGCUGGCAAGGCAGAAGUAAGAUAUAAUCCUGCUGUUGUACAACCUCUGAUGAUAGCAGAGUUCAUCCGAGAGCUUGGAUUUGGAGCCACCGUGAUAGAAAAUGCUGAUGAAGGGGAUGGUGUUUUGGAACUUGUUGUGAGAGGAAUGACUUGUGCUUCCUGUGUUCAUAAAAUAGAGUCUACCCUCACAAAACACAGAGGGAUUUUCUACUGCUCUGUGGCCCUGGCAACCAACAAAGCACAUAUUAAAUAUGAUCCAGAAAUUAUUGGUCCCAGAGAUAUUAUCCAUACAAUUGAAAGCCUAGGAUUUGAAGCUUCUUUGGUCAAGAAGGAUCGAUCAGCAAGUCACCUAGACCAUAAACGAGAAAUAAGACAAUGGAGACGAUCCUUUCUAGUGAGCCUGUUUUUUUGUAUUCCUGUAAUGGGGCUAAUGAUAUAUAUGAUGGUUAUGGACCGCUACCUUGCAGCUCUUCACCACAAUCAGACCAUGAGUCAGGAAGAAAUGAUCAACAUUCAUUCUUCUAUGUUCUUGGAGCACCAGAUCCUGCCAGGAUUGUCCAUUAUGAAUUUGCUGUCCUUUUUGUUGUGUGUACCUGUACAGUUUUUCGGAGGCUGGUAUUUCUACAUUCAGGCUUACAAAGCGCUGAAGCAUAAGGCUGCAAAUAUGGAUGUGCUGAUUGUGCUGGCAACUACCAUCGCGUUUGCCUAUUCUUUGGUUAUUCUUCUGGUUGCAAUGUGUGAGAGAGCCAAAGUGAAUCCUAUUACAUUCUUUGACACACCUCCUAUGCUGUUUGUGUUUAUUGCAUUAGGUCGGUGGCUGGAACAUAUAGCAAAGGGCAAAACAUCGGAGGCUCUUGCAAAGCUAAUUUCACUGCAAGCUACGGAAGCAACGAUUGUAACAUUUGACUCUGAUAAUAUCCUUCUGAGUGAAGAACAAGUGGAUGUGGAACUUGUACAACGUGGAGACAUCAUUAAAGUGGUUCCAGGAGGCAAAUUUCCAGUGGAUGGUCGUGUUAUUGAAGGACAUUCUAUGGUAGAUGAGUCCCUUAUCACAGGGGAGGCAAUGCCUGUAGCUAAGAAAUCUGGCAGUACGGUAAUCGCUGGCUCCAUUAACCAGAAUGGGUCACUACUUAUCCGAGCAACUCAUGUUGGAGCAGAUACAACUCUUUCUCAAAUUGUGAAACUUGUGGAGGAAGCACAAACAUCAAAGGCUCCUAUCCAGCAGUUUGCAGACAAACUGAGUGGCUACUUUGUUCCUUUUAUUGUUAUCAUUUCCAUUGCUACCCUCUUGGUUUGGAUAAUAAUUGGAUUUCUUAAUUUUGAAAUUGUGGAAACCUUCUUUCCUGGCUACAAUAGAAGUAUCUCUCAAACAGAAACGAUAAUACGCUUUGCUUUUCAAGCCUCUAUCACAGUUCUGUGCAUUGCAUGCCCCUGUUCACUGGGUCUGGCCACUCCAACUGCUGUGAUGGUGGGUACAGGAGUAGGUGCUCAAAAUGGCAUACUAAUCAAAGGUGGAGAACCAUUGGAGAUGGCUCAUAAGGUAAAAGUGGUAGUAUUUGAUAAGACUGGAACCAUUACCCAUGGAACCCCAGUAGUGAAUCAAGUAAAGGUGCUAGUGGAAAGUAACAGAAUACCACGCAAUAAGAUCUUGGCCAUUGUGGGAACUGCUGAAAGUAACAGUGAACACCCUCUAGGAGCAGCAGUAACCAAAUACUGCAAGCAGGAACUGGACACCGAAACCUUGGGUACCUGUAUAGAUUUCCAGGUUGUGCCAGGCUGUGGUAUUAGCUGUAAAGUCACCAAUAUUGAAGGCUUGCUACGUAAGGAUAGCUGGAAGAUAGAAGAAAAUAAUAUUAAAAAUGCAGCCCUGGUUCAAAUUGAUGGAAAUAAUGAACAGUCAUCAACUUCGUCUUCCAUGAUUAUUGAUGCCCAGCUCUCAAAGGCUCUUAAUGCUCAACAGUACAAAGUCCUCAUUGGUAACCGGGAAUGGAUGACAAGAAAUGGUCUCAUCAUUAAUAAUGACGUAGAUGAUUCCAUGACUGAACAUGAGAAAAAAGGUCGGACUGCUGUAUUGGUGGCAGUUGAUGAAUGUCUGCCUGGCAUGGAUCUCAAACCAGCUUCAGGCGCAUCUAGAAGACCCUGGGUACUUGGAAAAGUAAUGGAAAAGGAAUACUGUCAAGCCAAGAAGGCACAAAACUGAUUUAAAGUCCCUUUGGUGCUCAUUCAUCACUCCAAAAAUACCAAGCCAUCCAUCUUUUUAUACAAAGCCAUCAUGACAAUACUCUUCACUGGUGUACAACAUUGACUUUGUAACUGGCUUCAUUUUAGGAACAAUAAAUUCAUCGAAACCCUUGGCUGAAUUAAAAUGGUUUUGGUUUUGUUUUUUUUUACCCAGAUAACUCUAGAAAUGUGGACUAAACUAGUUCAUUUUCUCAAAGGGCAUACCUAUGCAUUGUGGCUUUUAAUUAGCCAUAUUAAUUGCCUGUUAAAUAUACUUUAGGUUAAACUUAGAUGUUAAAUGUUAGUUAUUAUUACCAGUAUUUGUCCUUUUUGUGAAAUCAGUAUCAGAUACUUGCACUCUUUAACACAUUCUUUAUAAAAUGUGUAGGAGGAGUAUUAUUGCAUGCACAUAAUCAUACUUUUGAGUUUGCCUCUGUAGAUUACUAAAGCAAAUCGUUCCAUUUAUUUUUUUUUAAUUUUUAUUGUGCUUAAAGUGAAAGUUUAAAAAUCAAGUUGGACUCUCAUACAAAAAUUUAUAAACACAUUGCUAUAUACUCCUAAUUGCUCUCCCCCAAUGAGACAGCCUGCUCCUUCCCUCCACUCUGUCUUUUCGUGUCCAUUCCGCUAGCUUCUAACCCCUUCUUCCCUCUCAUCUACCCUCCAGAUAGGAGAUGCCAACAUAGUCUCAAGUGUCUACUUGAUCCAAGAAGUUCAUUCUUCACCAGCACCUUUUUCUAUCCCAUUGUCCAGUCCAAUCCCUGUUUGAAGAGUUGGCUUUGGGAAUGGUUCCUGUCCUGGGCUAACAGAACAUCUGGGGGCCAUGAACACCGGGGUCCUUCUAUUUUCAGUCAGACUGUUAAGUCUGGUCCUUUUACGAGAAUUUGGGGUCUGCAUCCCACUGCUCUCCUGCUCCCUCAGGGGUUCUCUGUUGUGUUUCCUGUCAGGGCAGUCAUUGGUUGUAGCCGGGCACCAUCUAGUUCUUCUGGUCUCAGGAUGAUGUAGUCUCUGGUUUAUGUGACCCUUUCUGCCUCUUGGGCUCAUAAUUACCUUGUGUCCAUUUAUUUUUUAAAAAAUGCCCUCUGAUGUUUCAAGGAAAAGGGAACUCGGUAAUUUGAUUGACUGAUUUUUAAGAUAAGCCAUAAAUUAUCAGCAAUCUUUAAAAGCAGUUUCAGUGAUUGGCCGUCUGGGUUCUAAAGGGAAGAGUCUGUGCCAUUGACAGUUUCAAAUGAAGCACUCAGACCUUCCCAUCAUAUUUAUUACUUUGUUUAGAAUAAUCAUAUUGAUGAAAUCAUAAUUCGUGGUUGAGUUUCAGAAAAAAAGAUAUUCAUUGUACAUUAACCAUAUAUAUAUAUUUAAAAAAACCUGUUGCCGUUGGGUUGAUUCUGACUCAUAGUGACCCUAAAGGACAGGGUAAAAUUGCCCCAUAGGGCUUCCAAGGAGCACCUGGUGGAUUGAACUGCCGACCUCUUGGUUAGCAGCUGUAGCUCUUAACCACUACGCCACCAGGGUUUCCAUUAACCAUAUAGAGGUCAUUUAAAUAAUAAAAUAUUUUAUCAUAAAAGACGUACAGAAUUUUAAAACAAUAAAGAUUUGAACCUGGAAAAAGAAAAAUAUCCACUCAAGGAUUUUUAAAACCCUUAAAAAAAAUUACAUUGAAAUAAUAGCAAAAUAAAAUAACAUCCAUAAUUUCAUCAUCCUAACUUUUUUUUUUUUAACACAGUGUUCCCCCAUGUGUCUAUCAGUUUGUUUUACUGUGGGGGCUUGCAUAUUGCUGUGAUUCUGGAAGCUAUGCCACCAGUAUUCAGUUAUCAGCAUGGUCACCCAUGACGGACAGGUUUCAGCUGAGCUUCCACACUAAGACAGACUAGGAAGAAGGGCCCGGCAGUCUACUUCUGAAAAGAAUUAGCCAGUGAAAACCUUAUGAAUAGCAGUGGAACAUUGUCUGAUGUAGUGCCAGCAGAUGGGCCCCUCAGGUUGGAAGGCACUCAAAAGACAACUGGGGAAGAGCCGUCUCCUCAAAGUGGAGUUGACCGUAAUGAUGUGGAUGGAGUCAAGCUUUCAGGACCUCCAUUUGCUGAUGUGGCAUGACUCAAAAUGAGAAGAAACAGCUGCAAACAUCCAUUAAUAAUUGGAACAUAGAACAUACUAAGUAUGAAUCUAGGAAAAUUGGAAAUGAUCAAAACUGAAAUGGAACGCAUCAACAUUGAUAUCCUAGGUAUUAGUGAGCUGAAAUGGACUGGUGUUGGCCAUUUUGAAUUGGGCAGUCACACGGUCUACUAUGCCGGAAAUGACAACUUGAAGAGGAAUGGCGUUGCAUUCAUUGUCAAAAAGAACAUAUUAAGAUCUAUUCUGCAGUAUAGUGCUAUCAGUGGUAGGAUAAUAUCCACACACCUAGAAGGAAGACCAGAUAAUACAACUAUUGAUGUACCAACCACUAAGGCCAAAAGUGAAGAAAUUGAAAACUUUUACCCCAACUCCUUCAGUCUGAAAUUGAUCGAUUAUGCAAUCAGGAUGCAUUGAUUGAUAACUACUGGUGAUUGGAUUGUGAAAGUUGGAAACAGAAGAAGGAUCGGUGGUUGGAAAAUAUGCCAGAGAUCAAAUGAUAAAAUUUUGCAGCACCAAUGACUUCUUCAUUGCAAAUACCUUUUUUCAACAACAUAAAUGGUGACUAUACACUUGGGCCUCACCAGAUGGAAUACACAGGAAUCAGACUGACUGUAUCUGUGGAAGGAGACCGUGGAGAAGCUCAAUAUCAUCAGUCAGAACAAGUCCAGGGGCUGACUGUGGAACAGACUAUCAAUUGGUCAUAUGCAAGUUCGAGUUGAAGCUGAAGAAAAUUAGAACAAGUCCAUGAGAGCCAAAGUACAACCUUGAGUAUAUCCCACCUGAAUUUAGAGACCAUCUCAAGAAUAAAUUUGAUGUAUUGAAUGCUAAUGACUGAAGACCAUAUGAGUUGUGGGAUGACAUCAAGGAUAUCGUACAUGAAGAAAGCAAGAGGUCAUUAAAAGACAGGAAAGAAUGAAAAGACCAAAAUGGAUAUCAGAAGAGACUCUGAAACUGGCUCUUGAACGUCAAGUAGCCAAAGCAAAUGGAAGAAACUGUAAAGUAAAAGAGCUGAAGAGAAGAUUUCAAAGGGCAGUUUGAGAAGACAAAGUAAAGUACUAUAAUGAACUGUGUGAAGACCUGGAGUUAGAAACCCAAAAGGGAAGAAUACGCUCAGAAAUUUUCAAGCUGAAAGAACUGAAGAAAAUAUUCAAGCCUAAAGUUGCAAUACUGAAGGAUUCUCAUGGGAAAAUAUUAAAUGACUCAGGAAGCAUCAAGAGAAGAUGGAAGGAAUACGGAGUCAUUAUACCAAAAAGAAUUGGUCGAUGUUCAGACAUUUCAGGAGGUAGCAUAUGAUCAGGAACUGAUGGUCCUGAGGGAAGAGGUCCAAGCUUCACUGAAGGCAUUGACAAAAACAAGGCUCCAGGAAUUGACAAAAUACCAAUUGAGAUGUUUCAACAAAUGGAUUCAGCACUGGAAACGCUCACUCGUCUAUGCCAAGAAAUUUGGAAGACAGCUACCUGGCCAACUGACUGGAAGAGAUCCAUAUUUAUGCCUAUUCCCAAGAAAGGUAAUCCAACUGAAUGCAAAAAUUACUGGGCAAUGUCAUUAAUACCACAUGAGAGUUAAAUUUUGCUGAACUGAGGAUCAUUCAAAAACAGCUGCAACAGUACAUUGACAGGGAACUGGUAGAAAUCCAAGCUGAAUUCAGAAGAGGACGUGGAACCAGGAAUAUCAUCGCUGAUAUCAGAUGGAUCCUGGAUGAAAGCAGAGAAUACCAGAAAAAUGUAAUUGACUCAGUGGCAACGGGUUUGGCUUUGUGUGUGUGUUUUAUUGACUAUGCCAAGGCAUUCAACUGUGUGGAUCAUAACAAAUUAUAGAUAACAUUGCAAAGAAGGGAAUUCCAGAACAUUUAAUUAUGCUCAUGCGGAACCUGUACACAGAUCAAGAGGCAGUUGUUCGAACAGAAAAUGGGCAUACUGCGUGGUUUAAAGUCAGAAAAGGUGUACAUCAGGGUUGUAUCCUUUCACCAUACUUAUUCACUCCGUAUGCUGAGCAAAUAAUCCAAGAAGCUGGACUAUUUGAAGAAUGGGGCAUCAGGAUUGGAGAAAGACUCAUUAACAACAUGUGAUAUGCAGAUGACAUAACCUUACUUGCUGAAAGUGAAGAGAACUUGAAGCACUUACUGAUGAAGAUCAAAGACCACAGCCUUCAGUAUGGAUUACACCUCAACAUAAAGAAAACAAAAAUCCUCACAACUGGACCAGUAAGCAACAUCAUGAAAAGAUUGCAGUUGUCAAGGAUUUCAUUUUACUCAGAUCCACAGUCAGCAUCCAUGGAAGCAGAAGAAAUCAAAAGACGCAUUGCACUGGGCAAAUCUGCUGCAAAAGACCUCUUUAAAGAGUUAAAAAGCAAAGAUGUCACCUUGAAGACUAAGCUGUGCCUGACCCAAGCCAUGGUGUUUUCAGUCACCUCAUAUACACGUGAAUGCUGGAUGAUGAAUAAGAAAGACCGAUGAAGAAUUGAUGCCUUUGAAUUGUGGUGUUGGCAAAGAAUAUUGAACUUCCAAAAGAACGAACAAACCUAUCUUGGAAGGA